AUGGCUCGCACAAUCGCAGUUCUCGGGUCUACUGGACAACAAGGCGGAGCAGUUGCCCGAGCUUGUCUCAAAGAUGGCUGGAAAGUUCGUGGCCUCACCCGCAAUACGAGUGGGAAAGGAGCUCAAACUCUAGCUGGCGAGGGUGCAGAAAUGGUCUCGGCGGACAUCGACGACCUUGACUCGCUAGUGAAAGCAUUCGAAGGUGUCCAAGCGGUCUUCUGCCUUACCAACUUUUGGGAGCUGCUUUUCAGCGGCAAGAGCGCAGACGAAGCCGACAAGGCCGAAGCAAAUCAGGCCUACAAUGUCGCUCUUGCUGCCUCAAAGACACCUACCCUGGAGCACUACCUCAUGUCCACCCUCCCCAACGCCACCGAGCUCACCAAAGGCGAACGGCGGGUGCCACACAUGGAUUACAAAAGCGGUGUCGACGAGCGCAUCAAGAAGGAGCUCCCAAACCUAGCAUCCAAGACGACCUUCAUCUGGAUGGGCUGGUACAGCUCAAACAUGGCAAACAUGUUCUUCUGCCGUCCGAUGGAGGUCCCGCAAACUGGCAAGUAUCUCUGGACGCAGCCAUCCCGCGCUGAUGCCCUUUUGCCUGUCUCCGGGAACGUGACCACCAAUCUGGGCCGCUUCGCUGUCGCCGUUCUCGCCCAUCCAGACAAGACCCGUGGCAUGUACGUCGAUGUGCGUACGAACCUCAUGACUUUCACCGAUAUCCUCAAGGUCUGGUCGGAAGUCACUGGUAAAGAAGCGGUGUAUAUGCCCAUUGCACCUGAGGCGUUCAACAAGCUCUAUGGUCCAGCUGGUGUCGAAAUGAGCAUGCAAUAUCAAUCUGGAGAGCUCUGGGGUGAUUGGGAACGCUUGAAGGGCGAUGCUAUGGUCCAGCCAGGCGAUAUUGGCAUCAGCAAAGACCAGCUUGUUGAUCUCCGUGGUGAUUUGGAGAUACUGAAGGCUAAGCUGUUGUAG